UCGAAUUGAGAAUCACUGAAUAAACGAGAGCCGUAAUGCGUUUACAUUGGCAACGCGGCUCGUACGCGAUUGGCUGGCAUGGGACUCGUCGUACGUUGAUUGGUGGAGUGUCGAAGGAGUCGCCAUCUCGUAGCGGUGUACCCAAAUUAUUACAGUCGUUGAAUAGUGGGGCGCGCUGGAGGGCGCGUACAACGAAUGAAUAAGCAGCGACACGUCUCUUCUAACCUUAGUUUAGACGCAUUCUACGGAGAUAUCGUGGUCCUCCGUACAUAUCGCGUAAGGAGAAAGAGAGAAAGAAAGAGAGAGAGAGAGAGAGAGAGAGAGAGAGAGAGAGAGAGAGAGAGAGACUCACAAAUACACACAUACGAUCAACGUUCGUUAAUAGUACGAGUCGUUCAAGAAGAAGAAACAAGAAGUAAACGAGAAUCAAACGAGUACGAGAGAAACGUCGAACUCGUGAAAAACGCAAAAGGGAACUCGUUUUUUUCUUUAUUUUCUCUCCUCUUCCACGCCAUAUUUCACGAGAGAAUAUAACGCGUAGUAGCACCGAGAGAAGAAAAGCAGAGUGACUCCGCCGUUGAGAAUGAAUAGCUGAGAUAUAGAAUUGUAGAAGUUCCGAGAAGGAGCGAUGAGCGGCUCUCGGCUUGGAAGAGGCCGAGGUGGACGCCUAGCCGUAUAUGGGGGUUGCGGGGUGGUGAUCAUACUAUUGGUGUUCCUUUACCGCGCCGCCACCUCAGAGAUGGCCAGGUUACGUGAUCUUCAUAUACAGUGCGUUCAUCAACACGAGUCACUUGCUGCACAACUUCAAGUGAUAUUCGAGUACAAGGUACGACUGGAAAAGUCUUUGGCCGAGGAGAAAAGUUCGAACGCCGCUGUGAAACAGGAACUGCAGCAACGGGCCUCCCGAGAGAAAUCUUUGAGAGAUAAGGACAGUAUAGAGGCGAUGCAGAGAUUCAAUUCUCUUCAACAGACCUAUAAGAUACUUCAGACCGAGCAUCAGGAUCUUCAGGAAGAGUGUAAGAAACGCGAGAAACAGGUAUUGGAGGAAACGAACAGGUUGGAAUCUACUCUUCAGGAUCUUCGUAGUCGUAUCAGACAGACGAACGAGGAUAAGGAGAAAAUGAUAGGAGAGAAGGAUAGGACAUUGGAAAAUUUUAAAAACAAAUAUUUGGAAUUGGAUACGGAGAAGACCAAGUUGGAGGAAAAGUACAACGAUUUGAUGAAGAAUACUGGUAACACGGACAGUAUGAUCGAACAUUUGAGAAAGGAGGUCAUACAACUUAAACGAGAAUUGGAUAAUGAAAAGAAACGGUGCAAAUCAACAUUAUCGGAGUCAAGUCUGAUUAGUCCUAAACAGUCGCAGCCAGGAGAACAAAACAUGCCGGAUAAUACGGCGAUAGAUCCAACACAGCAAGAACGUCAACAGGCACAACCACAAAAUGUACAGGCGAUUGUCUCGUCGAGCUCGAUGAAGACGAUACCAGCAUUGAAAUUGGAGACCAGCACAAAAUCCAACAGCAAUAUCGAUUCCGUGUCUUCUAACAAAGCAGCUAAAAUCGCUUCGAAGGUGAAAAUUCCACCUGGUGUAUUACCGAUUCUAAUGAUAAUGGAUCAGAAUGCCGACAAGAUCGAGAAGGAGAAAACCAAUGAGAAAUUAGGAAAGAACGACGAAGCCGUACAGAGUAUAGCUUUGAAGAAGAAGGAAGUUAUAUCGGAAGUAAAUAGUAAGGAAAAGGAGAAUGAAGUAAACGAUAACGAUAACGAUAACGAUAACAUAGAUGCACCAUAUAAAAGUUUAUCUGGGAAUAAACAUGUCGGUGAUCAGAUUGUUGGUGGUAGACGACAAAAUGGUAAUUGGUUUAAAGUGAAACCAGGCGUACAAGAAUUUGGUGAGGAACCGAAUCCGAUCGAUCGAUUGCCUGGAUUGGAAAGCAUCGUUGACAGACAAUUUGGUGCAGGUGAGGAACAAUACGUUGGUGCUGAGUACGAACCUCAAGCUCAAAAAGUAGAAGAUUUGCGUUUGGCUGAAGGCGAAGAGGAAGAAGACGAGGAUGAUCCAGAGGAUACUAUAUGAAAGAAGAGAUGUAAACGACGAACGAGGCUAAUUUUUUACGAGACAAAUCGUAACCUUAAUCGUCUUGAUGAUAAUCACCCCUCAGUACAGUACGAAAUAUUUUUUUUUUUACAUAUUUUUUAUUUAUUUAUUUUUUUGAAUAUUUUUUUUAUUAUCAACUUUACGAUGACGACGAUGACGACGACGAAAGAUGAAGUUGAAGGAGAGCGGUGCUCGUGCGCUACGAGAGAUUGUAAGGAAGGUUGACGUAAUAUCAUUGCUCUCCCCCACUCCACAUCUCAAAGAUCGUACGAACAUAACAAAGUCCUCGGUUAGUUGCUCCGAUCGGACAGUCUGAAUCCUUCGUCGUCAGAG